AUGAAUCGAACUAUUGCCUUCUUGGGUGCAACAGGUGGAUGCGCAGGUGCCUGUCUCAUCGCCGCACUCAAAGAUGGCUACACCUGCCGCGCUCUCGUCCGCACACCUUCCAAACUCACCACUUCUCUCAACAAUCAAGGCGUCUCCGAGUCCUCGCUCGCCAAUCUCGAGAUCGUCCAAGGCAAUGCCAAAGACAUUAACUCUGUCAAAGCCCUUCUCCAAACCUCCUUUGGCAUCGUGGACACCAUCGUCUUUGGUGUAGGCGCCGCUCCAAAGCUGAGGCUACACAUCAUGCCCGUAACACUGGACGACCCAGAUCUCUGCCGCACAGCAAUGGCAACGCUUCUUUCUGCUUUGAAUGAGCUCAAAGCUGCAACAAAGCCAAGAUUGCUUGCCGCCUCUACUACAGGCAUCACUCGUGGCCCUAGAGAUGUGCCUAUCCUCUAUGUGCCUCUUUAUCAUUGGUUACUCCACACCCCGCACAUCGACAAGCGAAUCAUGGAACAGCUUGUCUGGGAGCAAAAGGACAAACCUGAUGCCGAGAGUGUGAUUGGUGAGUUUGCCAUCGUACGCUCGACGUUGUUGAUGGAUGGAAACGGCGUAGGUGUGGAAAAUGUCAGAUACGGGCUUGAGAGCAACCCUGCUUUGGGCUGGACCAUUGAUCGUAAAGAUGUUGGCAACUGGUUGUUUGAAAAGGGUGUCAAGCCUGUGGAAUUGGGAGAGUUCAAGAAUCAAGCUAUUAGCUUGACAUCGUGA